UAUACUUUUGCUAUCCAUCCUGUUUUCCUUUCGAUUAAUUUUUGACCUAUAUUAAUUUUAGUGAGUUGAUGGUGAAGUUAACAAUAAAUUUGAGUUAAGAAUUAACUGAAUGGACGACAAAAUUGACAUCAGUUCUCCACUCCCAACUGGCAACAGAAGUACGAAUUCACAAUAACUAAUCCUGAAUUUGAAAUGCUAUGGGCCUGUCAUAUUAAGAUUAAUGAAAAACACAUAUAUUUGGCAGUGGAUGUUGCAGCCUGCAAUCCGAACUAGGGAUGGAUGUUAAGGGCUAGGGUCCCCACCCUUUGUUGCGAUCAUUAUUGAACUUGUGUCGCUCAGGGCAUAAGGGGCUUUAUAACUCGGGCUUUGAUUUUGAGAUUUCUCAUGUGGCUGAUAGUGGAAGGAAAAUCAUUAAGCCAGUAGGAAUUUGAUGCCUGGAAAAUCGGCACAAGUUCAAGCUUUUAUCGACCUCGAGAAUGGGAGUAUGCCAAAUCUCACUCAUUAGUUCUUUUUCUCGAUUGUCAUUUCAAGGCCAAGGUGGCAAAAAAUUGUUCUUAUGUGCCUGGAGAACAUGCUCAUGGGCACAAUGAAGCCAAGAGAGACAAAAAUGAUUAGGCAGUGUGUGAAGUGGACUAAUGUAAUUGCAGUAGCAGAGACAGACACCGCUUUUGCCAAAGAAGGGGAAGUGGAAAGCAAUUACUGAGGUCCUUGUUGAAGAGAUGUUAGCACUUGGUGAGAUAAGUUCAGUGAUCUGCACAAAACAGUUAUUUCACGUCGAAACGUGCUUGUAUUACAUGUAGAUUAUUUAUUAACAGAUCAACCUCUUGAGACCCUACUUCACUUCAAGAGCAUAACGCAGAGACUAUUGAAGAGCCUCAUCAUGAAAGAGAAAAAUUCUAUUCCUAUUAUAGUACGAGCACAUUUCUCAAUAAAACAAUAGUUUACAAGUUAAAAUCUUCUUAGCUCCCCUUUCAUCUCCUCGGAAAUAUUCAUCCUUUCCAUAACAAUAGGGUUUCCAACAACCUCACAUGCAUUUUUCUCCCUAGCAUUUCAUCGAGUCUCUCUUAUACUUCUUGUUCAGAAUAUUGAAUUUAUCCUUACAUUGUUGAGGUGACACAAUAAAACCUCUUUCAACCAUGGGGUUGAAAAUAGCUCUCUUUUACCUAAGGAAUAAACAAAAAAUUUCUUUCACUGUUACUAGUAAUAGAUAAUGCAUCUUCCUCAACAUGAGAAAUAGUAGUGAUCAAAAGCUCAACUAUUUCAUCAGUCCAUUUACCCGUUACCACACAGGUUCCCUUUUCUCCGUGCCUAUUUCAUUCUGCAUAUUAAGAGCGCCUAGAAUAUUCCCAUUGACUCUUUUCUGAAAAAUUGUUCAGCCUCUGGAAAGAUCUGUAUAUUUGUAUUGAAAUCUUUUCAGAAUAUUUGCCACACGGUUUGUCGAGUGUUAUGAUUAUGCUAUGAAUCAAAUGGUUCAUAUCUUGAGUCCUUCAGUUAGAAAAGCAGAAAUUACAAGUUCAAUCUGAGAUGUUGAAGUUGGAAUAGCAGCAAGCCAGAUGGAUUGGGUUAGCAAGGAGACAGGGUACUAAAUAUGGAGAAAUUAAAGCUUGAGAAUGGGUGCUUGGCUUUAGAAUCGAAAGGCAGGAAAUGGGUGACUUCUAUGCAACUGAAUUUAGCAUGUACGGGCUUGUUUUAUCAUCUUUCUUACUGGGAGAAUUUUUCGAGGCUUUAGGUAGCUAUUGCAAUAAAAAUGGAAGCUAACUUAUCACUUUUUGGUGAUAUGGUGCAAGUCAAUCACCAACAAGCUCCUUAUCCAUGGCAAGUUCCGGAUGCUUUCUCUUUUCAGGUUGGCAGCAUGCUAAAAUUUGAUCAACCUAUGCCAUUGCUUGAAGGAAACAUAGAUGUGAGGUUGAACAAUUUUCAGGGUAGCAGCCGAUGGACGAAUAUUCUUGGCAUAGAGAAAAGGGAACCUGUGUGGCAGCGGCUAAAAUGGACAGAUGAAAUGGUUAAGCUUUUGAUCACUGCUGUUUCUUAUGUCGAUGAAGAUGCAUUAUCUACUGCUAAUAUCAAUGAUAGAAGGAAACAGUUUAUUCCUCUGGUAAAAGGUAAGUGGAGGGCUAUUUCAAAUUCCAUGGUUGAAAGAGGUUAUAUUGUGUCACCUCAACAAUGUGAAGAUAAAUUCAAUGUUCUGAACAAGAAGUACAAGAGACUUAAUGAAAUGCUUGGAAGAAAUAAUGCGUGUGAGGUUGUUGCAAACCCUGUUGUUAUGGAAAGGAUGAACAUAUCUGAUGAAAUGAAAGAAAAGGCUAAGAAGAUUUUAACUUGUAAGCAAUUAUUUUAUCGAGAAAUGUACUCGUAUCAUUAUAGGAAUAGAAUUUUUCUCCUUCAUGAUGAGGCUCUUCAAAAUUCAUUGCGUUUUGCUCUUAAAGUCAUGUACGAGUCUAAAGAUGUGAUUCAGGCGGCUGCAAAGAGGCAGAAACUGCAAAAAGAUCAUGCUGUUGUUGACAUUGAUGGUCCUAAAAACUAUGUAGAUUGCACGGGAUCAGAUCCUCAAUCACCUAAGGACCUUUUCAAUGAAAAUUUUGUUCUCACCAAGGGUGUGGAGGGAGAACAGGAAGAGGAUCAGAGACUUUUCUCUUGCUCACUGCAGUUGAAAAAGAAGAUGCUGCAAAUACAGGGAGAGAUGCUUGAACUGGAGAAGAAGAAGUUCAAUUGGCUGAAGUUGAGCCAGGAGGCAGACAGGGAGUUGAUCAAAAUGAAGCAAGAAAAUGAGUUGAUGAGGCUUGACAACAAGCGCAUGGCAUUUGAACUUACAUGCCUGGAAAUGGAUGCUGAUCGCAAAUAAUGAAGUGUGUUCUGGCAUUAUGCCAGGUGCAUGCUGCAGAACUUGAAUUCUCUUUUUUUUCUUCAGUCCUUUUUUUCAGCAAUUUCAUGAACAAUUACUAAUAACAUCUCCGGUUCUUUAGUUUGAUUGAACUUCGAUUGCAUCAAAAAAGGAUAAUGUUUAGGAUUGGGUUUUUGCUAUGGUUCAUAGAUCUUAUGUUUACUGUUGUGCAUCUGGCCAAAUGAAUGGAGCAUAUUUUCUUGA